CUCCCAUGGUUAUGGCCGUGAUUCUAUUGAUCGCAAUCGCUAUACUUUUGGCUUUCUAUUGCAACUUCGAUUUGGGCAAAGCAGCCACCGCCUAUUUGAAGCCGCUGCUAACACGCUGCCGCGCUGGACGAAAUGGUAAGCUAGUCGCCGCCAUCAGUUCGACGAUAGCAUCAGACGAUUAUUAUCAUGCAAAGGAAAUUCCACGACCACGCGGAGUCUGGGAUAUACCAGGGCCGUUGCCAAUACCCUUCCUUGGCACGAAAUGGGUAUUUUGGGUAUUCUUUCGCAAGUAUAAAAUGUCGCUGAUGCAUGAAAUGUAUACGGAUUGGCACCGCAAAUAUGGGCAAAUCGCUUUGGAAGUGACGACCUCUGGCGUACCCAUAGUGCAUUUGUUCGAACGCACUGACCUGGAAAAAGUGCUGAAAUAUCCAAGCCGUUACCCCUUCCGGCCGCCCACUGAAAUUGUCGUUAUGUAUCGAUUAUCGCGACCUGAUCGAUAUUCCAGUUUGGGCAUUGUGAAUGAGCAGGGCCCCACUUGGCAGAAGUUACGCUCUUCGCUCACCUCUUACAUAACAUCGCCCCGCGUACUCUACAACUUCCUGCCCGUGCUGAAUGUCGUCUGCGAUGACUUCAUUGAACUGUUGCGGCAUCAACGCAAUCCACAAACGCUUGAAGUAUAUAACUUUGAAGACAUUGCCAAUCUAAUGGGCCUGGAAGCGGUUUGUACGCUCAUGCUCGGCCGACGCAUGGGCUUCCUGGACAAAAGUGGCCAGCAGCCGGGGCGUAUCAGCCAGCUGGCGUGCGCGGUGAAGCAGCUGUUCAUAUCACAACGCGACUCCUACUACGGCAUGGGAUUGUGGAAGUAUCUGCCAACGAAAACAUAUCGAGAUUUUGUGCGCGCCGAGGAGGUGAUCUAUGAUGUUAUUUCCGAGAUGGUUGAAAUGGCACUGCAAGAGGACUACCUCACCUCGGCGAGCGAUGAGAGCGAGGCGGCUUUGCGUAGUAUAUUCUUGAAUAUACUGGAGCUGAAGGAUCUAGAUAUACGUGAUAAGAAAUCGGCGAUUGUCGACUUCAUAGCGGCGGGCAUUGAAACGCUUGCCAAUACGGUGCUCUUUGUACUCAGCUCAGUGACCAGCGAUGAGCGGGUAAUUACGCGCAUACUGGACGAUUUUCGUGAAUAUCGUAAAACGACUAUAACGAAGGAGGCCAUUGCCAAGGCGGACUACACCAAAGCAUGCGUGCAGGAGUCGUAUCGCAUUAGGCCGACAGCGUUCUGCUUGGCGCGCAUACUCGAGGAGAAUAUGGAGCUGUCGGGCUAUCAUCUCAAAGCGGGCACGGUGGUGCUUUGCCAAAAUAUGAUUGCCUGCAACAAUGAUGCCAAUUUUCCAAAUGCCAAAGAAUAUCGGCCUGAACGUUGGCUAGAUGAGGAGGCUCACUUUACGGUUAAUGUACCGAAUGCGUGUAUUGUAGUGCCCUUUGGUAUCGGGAAGCGUACAUGUCCGGGCAAACGGUUUGUCGAAAUGGAAGUGAUGCUGCUAUUGGCUAAGCUGAUACUCGCUUUCGACAUCAAAUUUAAAGAGCCACUGCAAACAGAAUUUGAAUUUUUGCUUGCGCCUAAAACGCCGCUAACCUUAAUUAUGCGAGAUCGCGUCUAUUGAGUGAGCGACCACACACACACAUAUACUGCCAACUACAAACACCGCGGUGUUUGAUUUGAGUGAGUCACACUGGUUCUAAGCCGGCCCGCCACAGUGCAGCUUUGUGAAUUAAUUGUAAAUUAUUAAAAAAA